GGUGGAGGGGAGAGCUGUGACUCUCGUAAAAAGCCCCAUGGUCACAGGUGCUAGUUUCAGCCCCCACAUCCUGUGCCUCCUGGUCGCUGUGUGCCGCCGGCUGCUCCACGUUAGCCGGGCAGGACCUGUGCCAGGAUCUGUGCCAUGUCUUCUGCUCUGGCUGCCCUGCUCUGCCUCGGGCUGUAUCUGAGCCAGAGGAUCAGCGGCCAGACACAGACUCUCUGGAAACCCGUCAUCUGGGCCAAGCCCAAUUUCAUGGUUCCAAAGGGAAGGCCGGUGACCAUCUGGUGCCAGGGCGCUCGCGGCGCCGUUGAGUACCGGCUAUAUUUCGAGGGACGCCUUGUGGCCUUGGAGAGACAGAAACCACCUGGAGUGGUGAGCAAAGUGAAGUUCUCCCUCUCGGCCAUGACCCCCCUCACUGCGGGGCAGUACAGCUGCUUGUACCGAAGUGGGGAGCUCUGGUCCGAGCCUAGUGACCCCCUGGAUCUGGUGGUAACAGAAAUGUAUGACACCCCCACGCUCUCAGUCCAUCCCGGGCCGCAGGUGGUCUCAGGAGGGAAUGUGACCUUCUACUGCCGUCUAGAGACUGCGACCAGCACCUUCUUCCUGCUCAAGGAGGGCCAACCCGGCCGCCCGCAGCGCAGACACGGGAGCGGCCAGGCGGCGUUCCUCCUGGGCCCCGUGAGCACGGCCCACAGAGGGUCGUACAGGUGCUUCGGUUCCUACAACAGCCAUGCCUGGUCUUUCCCCAGUGAGCCUGUGAGGCUCCUGGUCACAGGAGAUGCUGGGGACAGCAGCCUUGCGCCCACAGAGCUCACCUCUUCCGACUCGGGGGACCCGCCCUCGUUAACCACGGAGGCAGGAUUCCAGCAAGACCUUGCCCUCUGGAAUCACACGGCCCAGAAUCUCCUGCGGAUUGGCCUGGCUUUCCUGGUCCUGAUGGCCCUCGGGGGCCUCCUGGCUGAAGACUGGCUUUGCAGGAAGAGGGCUAGAGAGGAAGCCAACACCGCUGCAAGCCGGGAAGGCAGGAGAAGGUUCAGAACUCGAAGACUCCUGAACGAAUGGAGCCCCACGCUGGACGCCUCUGCGGCUGCCACGGUCGGGCGGGCGGACGGCCGCUCUGACUCACAAAAGGCAGGCAACACGCAUCUGAAAUACCACGUUCGUAAGCUGGAGGAUGACGCACAAUUCUGGGUGAUUCUCUCCCAUCGGGGUUCAGCACUCAAUGCGCAGACAAGCCGGCUGGGGAAGAGAGGCCGGAGCCCCGUCCGUGUUCUGUUGGGAACACGGUCCCCGGCUCAGCACGGAAUCCAGUCCGGGCGGCCGCUCACUUUCCAGCUCGCCCACCGGCACAGGGCAGCCUGCAGGGGUCGCCGGAAGGAGAGGCGGCCUACUCGCGGCAGCGGCAGGGGGGACGGCGGCGCACGGGCAGCCACGCCCUCGGUUUUGCUCAAGCCGCCGUUCAGACAAAAUGUCGCGGUCCUCAUGUCGAAACUGCCGUGGGUCCGGCCUGACCACGACGUGGCGUCAGAUGCCGGAAGGUGCUUGUCUGCGGCCCAGGGAGCUCAGGCACAGGGUGGCGAGACUUUCAAAACUCCUGAGGUCCCCUCUGCUGGGCCAGGAAAUCUCCCCCAACCUCAAAUCACAGCUUGGCCUGGGUCCAUGAUUCCAGUUAGGCGUCCUGUGACCAUCCGGUGCCACGCGGCUGCAGAUGUGGAAAUGUUCAGGAUUUCUCAAGAAGGAUGGCCUGAGCCCACGGAUGGACUGAAAGCACAGAAGUCCGGGGAGGUCAAUCUCACAGAGAUCACAUCAGACCGCUCAGGGCCGUACCGCUGUUCCUACAAGAGCCGUGGCCGCUGGUCCAGGCUCAGCGAGCCUCUGAAGCUGGUGAUGACUGGGGCUUUCGACAAGCCCUCCCUCUCGUGUGCUCCUGGCACCGUGGUGCCUUCAGGAGACGACGACAUGGAGCUGCGGUGUUUCUCCAAAACCACGUUUGAAAUAUUUAUUCUCACCAAAGAAGGCAUUCCCACCACCCAGAACAGAACCUCCAGCCCCAAGGGCUCCGAACGCCAGGCCAUCUUCCUCCUGAACCGCAGCUCCUCCGCACAUGGGGGGACCUACAGAUGCUACGGUGCCUUCCACAACCACCCCUACGUGUGGUCUCACCCAAGUGACCCAUUCCAGCUUGUGAUCAAAGAAGCUCCUGACCGUCCCAAUCCCACAAGACCAGGUUGGUCCACGGCCCUGCCGUCCAACCACACCUUCCAGGGGAGACACCAGAACCUUCUGAUUGCCAUCCCAGGGGCCACCAUGCUUCUCGUGGUCCUCCUCAUCUUCCUCUUCCUCCUCCGCCUGCGCAAAGCCAAGAACAGUAAGUCCAUGAGAUGCAGCAGGUCCCGAGAGGGCCGGCAAGCUUGCCCAGAGCCCCAGGGCCGCAGGGCUGCCGGAAUGGGAGGCAGCAUUUGCCGGAGGAGAAGGGGAGAGGGAGUGUGGGGCAGGUCUGGGGUUUGCUGGCUGGCCCCGUGUUCUUGAUAGUGCCCUGCCCCAGGCUCCCACUGAAGUCAGAGGCCAGGCCUGGGAUCACCUCCAACAGCCCUGUGUGGAGACGUGACCACCUCUGUCCUUGUCCGUUCUGGCAG